GUGCCUGUGAUCUGGCCAGCCAAAGUGGGAUCCGUGUGGGCUGGCGGUAAGCCCAUCCCAUUGCCCGAACAGCUUCCUGCUCCACAAAGACAGCCAGCCAUGCCCCAAACAUCCAAACCGCGCUUCGGGCAUUAGGGUAACGCGCACACCGGCAUUAUCCCCUUGAAAGAAGCACACAUAAGAACAACAUUAGGGGGGGCAAGAGAGUGUCAACACAAAAGAGGUCAAUGAGUUAAAGGCUGGAGCGUUUUCCACGCGACCUCCGGUUAUACUCCCUGUAGCAGCGAUCGGCGGAGUUGGAUCUGCAUUCAUGUUGUUAGAUGAGUAAGGCUAGAUCAUAGGAAAGGUCCUGUCUGGAGUAUGAUCACAUACAUCCUCAGGGUAUAGAUACAUAGUAACAGCUAUAAAGGCAACUCCUAGGCGGACGCUCGCAUUCUUCAUCUUCGGCUCAGAUCAUUUUGAUUCCAGUAUCUCAUCUGCUGCCUCUGCUGGAGUUUGGAGUAAACAAACAGCGUUUUCGGUGUUUGAUUUUCCCCGUUUUCACUGAAAAGAUGCAGUUUCGGACGGUGGUGGAUGUGAAAGUUGUGGAUGUAGAGAAGAGGCGCAAUCCGUCUAAGCAUUAUGUGUACCUAAUUAACGUAACAUAUUCAGACUCCACCUCUCACAUCAUUUACCGAAGAUACAGUAAAUUCUUCGACCUCCAGAUGCAGAUUCUGGACAAGUUUCCCGUCGAAGCUGGGCAGAAAGACCCAAAAAAGCGCAUCAUCCCAUUUCUACCCGGUAAAAUCCUGUUCCGUCGGAGUCAUGUGCGAGACGUGGCCAUUAGAAGGUUGCGUUUCAUCGAUGACUACUGCAGGGCCCUUGUGCGAUUGCCUCCGCAGAUCUCCCAGAGCGAGGAUGUGCUGCGAUUCUUUGAGACCAAGGAGGAGGACCUCAACCCCCCCAAAGAGGACUAUGGCACCUCGAAACGCAAGUCAGUAUGGAUGUACAGCCUCUCGGGCAGCCAGAAGACAGAGGCGCCAGGAAUCGACAAUUCAGACCCCAUGGUGCUGGAGCAGUACAUUGUGGUAGCCAACUACGAGAAGCAGGAGAACUCUGAGAUCAGCCUGCAGGCUGGGGAGCUGGUGGACGUGAUUGAGAAAAGCGAGAGCGGUGAGUCUGCUGGUCUAGGGCACUCUCGCCUGCUUUCUGGCCCAGAUGGGGUUCCGUUCCCUGGGGGCCUGUACCACUUUUCCCUGCCCUGGAUGAUUGACGCCAGCAUGUCUGAGGAGAAGUAUGUCUCAGUGCAACCCUACACCAGCCAAGGAAAGGAUGAGAUUGGGUUCGAAAAAGGGGUUACCGUGGAGGUCAUCCAAAAGAACCUGGAAGAUACCAAGGCAAGGAAGGAUGGGCCCCAGCUUCCUAUCUCAAGAAGCUGA